AAAUCCCUCUUUGGACUUUAUAUUAUGAAAAUUUUAACAGUCACUUUUGUAUUAUGUCAUCAAGUUUCCUGGAUCAAUAGAUUUCUGUAGAAAUGGCUACUUCGUCCAAAACGCAGACGAGAAUACAUUUUGCUGUUGAUAAAACUAAACUAGAUCUUGUAAACAAAUUAAAAUCGAAAAUAGAAGACAUUUUUGAUGUGGAACUUGGAUGCGAAGAAAACACAAAGAACUUUGAUAACCUGUGGAUAUUUGUGAAAGGAACCAAUUGUGAUUGUCAGAACACCAAGGAGUAUGUAAUUGGUUUAUGUUCACCAGAAGAUAAAGUGAAAGUAAAAUGUCCAUAUGAAGAUGAACGUCUGAGAUUUGAAAUCUUUAUAGGAAUAGAAAAAAACACCAGAGCAGUCAUUCAGAUUUGUGAGAAUGAUAUCAUAGAAAUAUCUGGUUCCGUUUUAGCCGUUACUCUGGCUGUAUCGUCUCUUGAGGAGUUACUAGGACCAGAAUCUGUCCAAGUCAAAGAGAGCGGAAAGACCGGUGGAAAGGACAGGCUUGAUCAUGUUCUUAGAGAAACGAUAUCCCAUAACAAAGACUGUAAUAUUGACGACUAUGAGGUAGAGUCUAUACCAAGUAACGUAAAAAGGGCAAUGAUAGACAGCAUGAUACUCGACACUACAUUGGAUCAAAUCCACGAUUCAGAUUUAUUUGAAGAUGGUGCAACUGGUGGUAAAACGAACGUAAAAACAUCUUACGCAAAAGGUUUAAAUCCAGCUGCAGAAAAUGCUACUCCAGAAACAUCCAAUGAGGAUCGACAUGUCAUUUUGUCGUCGAAUGGUGAGCAAGUAAUAAGAAAACAGGGUACUGGUGAUAACUUUGCAGAGGUUUGUGAAAUAGCGGCUUCAGUGGGAUAUUCGAGGAUAGAAAUAGAGGAAGGUUUACUCUAUGUUAAAAAUUCAACCAAACCAACAGAAUUUCUGUCUAUGUUAAAAGAAAUAAGACAACAAAAAAAGAACCUCGGGUUGAUCGUAGAUGAUAACAACCAACCUGAUGAUAGAGUAGAAGAUAUUCUAAAUUAUUCUUAUGAACCUGGACAAGAAUCUGUUAUUGAAUGUAUGGAGAGUAGCGAUGAUAAUGAUGUUAUAUACGUAGGGGUAACUCCACCCAAACCAGCAGAGGAAAAUGCUCAAGCUAAGCAAACAGUAGCGGCCAAGGCUGAAGACGAUCAGCUUCAAUUAAAAUUACAAUAUGAAGAACAGCAAAAACAAGCAUCCAAAUGUGAAAGGAGCGAACGUAAUGAUGAUAGUGAACAAACACAUGUUAUGAGUGUUUGGAAUGGUGAUCAAUCUUCAUCCAAAAAGUCCCAUACAUCAAAUGAGACAUCUUUUGUGAAAGAGUCCACUAGUACAAGAAAUGAACCCAACAGAAGUCGGGUUUUAAAUACCCAUAUUGAGAAUCGUCAAAAUGUUAGUAGACAAAAGCCAAAUCGAUUUGCUGUCGACACAAAAUCUGUUCCCCAACCAUCAAAUGAUAGAAUUCCACAAAAUUUUGCAGCAAAAGCUGUUCAGCCACCUAACAUUCCACUUCCAGGGCCUUUAAUAGAAACACUUGCAGAGAAUCGACCAAAAAAAUGCGGAGAUCCACGCUAUGUAGUGGUAGAUGGCAGUAAUGUAGCAAGAGGGCAUGGUAAUGGAGUUAUUUUCUCUUGUCUGGGCAUAAAACUGUGUGUAGAUUACUUUCUGAAGCGAGGUCAUAAAAAGAUAACAGUGUUUGUACCUGGUUGGAGACAGAAGAGGGGGACAUACCAGAAUCCGAUUAAAGAUCAAGAAAUAUUAUUAGACUUGAAGAAAGAUGGGUAUUUGGCGUUUACACCUCACAGACAAUUACCUAGUGGUCAAAAAGUUGCCAGUUAUGACGACAGGUUUAUUUUAGAAUUGGCUGAUAAAGAAGAUGGGGUUAUUGUGUCUAAUGACCAGUAUCGAGAUUUUUUUAAUGACAAAGCAAGUUACAGAAAAAUAUUGGAAGAAAGAUGCAUACCUUUUGUAUUUGUGGGUGAUAAUUUUAUGCCACCAGAGGAUCCUUAUGGACAAAAUGGCCCAAUGCUAGAUGAUAUUUUAAUCAAACCAGAGAAACGUAGAGUAGAUUAUGCUCAUCAUCAGUCUCAUCAACAACAGAAUUAUUAUCAACAACAACAACAACGCCCAGAAUAUAACAUGUAUCCACAACAACAAAAUUAUCAGUUUGGACAAGAUAAUUAUCAACAACACGCAUUAGGAGGCUAUUUUAGACGCGAUAAUGCUAGAAGUCAGACUGAAAGAAUUCAAAGACCGGUUAACCAUAACGCAGAUCGAAGACCUAACUAUUCAGCGCCUUUGUUCCGACAGAAAGCUGCAGAUGUUACCGAUGGUGUGAAUAAACCAUAUUUGCGCUCCAAUACGGAAACAACUGAACUUAUUCUUCGGUUAAAAGAUAUUUUCUCAGAAAAAGAACAGGAAGAAAAGAUAAAUGACGUUUUAAAGAAUCAUCCAGCAGAAAAAGACUUUAAUAAACUAACUAAUUAUUGUCUCAAUGCCAUGGUUAUGUAGUUACAAACACCAGAUUUUCUUGAUUAUUUUAGCUCAAAGGUUGCGGAAACCUCCAGAUUUUUAUAAAAAUUAUUUAUAAUUUUACAGCUGAUUAUAAUAUCCCUUCAUAAAUAAAGACUUAUUAUGCACAGCAAUCAUUUAGAUACUUUGAGACUACAUCAAUCUAGUCGUUCGGAUGCCCAGGUUAGGUGCAGAAGAGUAGGACGUUAAACCCCAUUUCAUUUCAUUUCAUUUCACUACAUCAAUCUAAUUAAAACACACAUCCUAUUUCGUUUCGUUUUUUAUAGUUCAAAAUUUUGUUUUACUUGUGUUUACUACACUAGGAUCUGGAAGAGCUGUUAUAUAAUGCACGUUUUAGUUGAAGUUAGGGAUUUGCCAAUGAAACAGUCUGUUAUGGCGAGUUCUUGGCUAAACCACUAGAAACUUCAAUGCUGAUUGUUUAAUCAAUGUCUGAUGUCAUAUGGUGAAAAGUCACUCUUAUGACACCUGACACGCGACUUCCACUCAACCGGUCAGAUCUUCAUGUAGUAGAGGCCAUCGGAAGUAUAAAAAAAACCCAAAAAACGAGACAAAAUAUAUAUCUGUAUUUUAAUCAGAUUGAGACCGUUAUCACUUGCAUCAAAACGAAUAACCAGCGACUCGCAGAACUAGGUUGGUGGAUUGAACGACACCGCAGGUAGAAAAUGAUAAAAUUAAUUAUCGAUUAUUUAAUAUAGAUAGUUUCCCAGUUAACAUUGAUCAUUAGAUUUACGUAAAGUUUACGUCAUUUUGCAUCCAAACGAAUAACCCGCAGAACUAGUUUGGUGGAUUGAAAGACACCACAGUUGAAAAUGAUAAAAUUAAUUAUCGGUUAUUUUAUGUCAACAAUUUCUUACUACAUUUGUGCAGAUAGGGGCCCAGUUAACAUUGAUUGUUAGAUUUAAGUAAAGUUUACGUCAUUUUGCAUCCAAACAAAUAACCCGCAGAACUAGUUUGGUGGAUUGAACGACACCACAGGUAGAAAAUGAUAAAAUUAAUUAUCGGUUAUUUUAAGUCAACAAUUUCUUACUACAUUUGUGCAGAUAGGGGCCCAGUUAACAUUGAUUGUUAGAUUUACGUAAAGUUUACGUCAUUUUGCAUCCAAACAAAUAACCCGCAGAACUAGUUUGGUGGAUUGAACGACACCACAGGAAGAAAAUGAUAAAAUUAAUUAUCGGUUAUUUUAUGUCAACAAUUUCUUACUACAUUUGUGCAGAUAGGGGCCCAGUUAACAUUGAUUGUUAGAUUUAAGUAAAGUUUACGUCAUUUUGCAUCCAAACAAAUAACCUGCAGAACUAGUUUGGUGGAUUGAACGACACCACAGGUAGAAAAUGAUAAAAUUAAUUAUCGGUUAUUUAAUGUCAACAAUUUCUUACUACAUUUGUGAAGAUAGGGGCCAAUUAACAUUGAUUGUUAGAUUUACGUAAAGUUUACGUCAUUUUGGUUAACGUCCAAUAAUGGUAGAAUUUUACAGUUAAAUUUACUUGCUGUUUCGUCAGAAUGGUUAUGGUUACUUUAACAUCAGAAAAUGACGUAAAUGUAACGUAAAUUUUAUGAUGGUUUUCUAACCAAUUUUUUUCGCUUUGAAUACUUCUGGAUUAAGAUUUAUCUGCGCGGCCCUUGUUUGAAAUUUUGAGACAUUACCUUAAUUCAAUCCCUUAAUUCUAAAAUUUACCUUUCAUAAGAUGCUGCUCGUCAGUUGCACUUUUCAGACAAUUUUUUUUACGGCUUAAUCCAGUGUUGAGAUUUCGCCCGUAUAUUCCAGACAUGUCCUACACUAUUUUCCAAACAUCUCAAAACGUCUGACCCGGAAUAUGCUCAAUUAGACAUCAAGAUACGGUGAAUAAUAUUCAAAAUUCCAAAAUUAAUAUAGUGUACUGAGUGUAUAUCUACAUCUCAACCGGAUUAUCGUUGAUAAUAGGCUGGAUUUAUUUAUUAAGUGAUCAAUGUAUUUACAGUGUUACUCCAUCCAUACACCUACCUUGGCUGUAUCAUUUGUGCCUAAAAAACUAUGGCUGCAGCACACGAAAGAUGAACCUUACAUAACUUUACCACAAAAUAACUAUACAAUCUUGAAAAAGUAACAGCUAGCGCCUAGCGAAGCAAAUUUUCUGGGACUGCUGUGUUUGAAUUUGAGAACUAGACACCCUGAAUCAAAAUCAGAAUUAUAUGGUUUUAGGAAACUCUGAACUCUGGUUGGGAAUUGCAUCACCCCACACGAUGGCCAGUUAAAAAGUCCUGGUUUUCAGCGCUUCAUUUUGCGGGAUGGAUACUUUUUACAUUUUCCCUUUUAUAUCCACUAAAUUUCUAUUUUUUUCAUCAUAGUGCCUGAAAAAUUUGAUCGCCGAAAAAAAAUUGUUUUGCCCUACUCCAAGGGUUCUGUGCAAUAAUAUUAUAUAUAUAAUUAUUCAAUAUUCACCAAUUAAUAUGUCAUCUGCAGGAUUUCCGAUGGUUAAAACAUUUAUAUAUUUUCACUAGAAAUUACCAUUGAAAGAUUUCAUUGGAAUUUCUUGUAGAUAUCUUUGUAUAAAGACUGGCUUUUUAUUUGUGAUAAAAAGAAUUUGUUGUGGUGUUUUCAUUACUUUUAAUCACAUUUUCUGAGGUAAUAUUUUGUAACUUGAAUAUCUGCUUGCCGUAUUUUCAUUCAUGAUUAAAAUUGAUUUUAUAUCACAUUUUCUGAGAUAAUAUAUUGUAACUUGAAUAACUUUUAAUAUAAUUAACAUAUUUCAACGCCUUUCAUCAUAAUCUACCCGUUAUUCUAGUUUGUCCAAUUUAAAAAAAAGGUGAUGAUGUUGAUAUAAGGUGAUGAUGUUGAUAUAUAAGGGCUGUUCUGGACAGUUAUUGGUAUUUUAUUCCACGCUUAUGAACCAGUGUAAAUAAAUAUAUUCUUAUCGAUUGUGAAUAGAAUUCGUCAUAUGUUCAUACAUGUAAACUUAUAACUAAGGAUAUAGUGCCACACUUAUUUAAUAUAAAAAAUUUUGAAUAGAAUUCGUUAUGUGUCCAUACAUAUAAACUUAAAAGGAGAUAUAUAACCAAAUUAGGCUCCAUGUAUGUAUACAUAAAACUCUAAAAUUCUAAUAGAUUUCGCCAUAUGUCAAAUGUUUGCGGUACUUUGUUUUCAGGUUAUGCUUAUUACUUGUUUGUAUAUAUAAAACUCUAAACUUUGCUAUCAAUCUGAUUAAAACAUAGAUCCUAUUUCGUUUCAUUUUCUUAUAGUUCAAAAUUUCGUUUUACUUGUCUUGGCUACAAUAGGAUCUGGAAGAGUUGCUAUAUAAAUUGCGUUCUGGAUGAUGUGAGGGAUUAGCCAAUAAAACGAUCUGUAACAGCGAGUUUUUGGUUAAUCAAAUGUCUGAUGUCAUAGGGUCAAAAGCCAUCCGUGUGACCUCCUGCGUGACCUACCACUACAACCGGUCAGUGUAGGCCAUCAAAAGUAUAAAAAAAAAAACGAAACAAAAUAUAGGUCUGUAUUUUAAUCAGAUUGGUUUGCGAUAGUUUGUCGUCAGCAAUUUCUCAUAGUAUUGUUAUAUCUUCAAAACUAUUUUUAUAUAUUCAAACUCUAACAUGGAAGAAACAUUACUGAUAUAUUUUGGCAAAGUUUUGAAUUGAGAGAAUAUCCUUCGAAAUGGUGACAAAUUAAAUUAGUAAUUUUUCUUCCAUACAGUUUAUUGCACUAUCCACUUGAUAAAUGCUUCUAAAGUUUUUUUUAUUUUUUGGUAAAUAUUUUAGUGCUUUAUAAUUUAAUUUAAAUUUGACAUAAAUUUGGUGCCAUAUGUUGAUAAAGUGUACUGAUUGCUGGUGAGUAUACAUUUGCCAUUUGGCACAAAGGGCGACGAGUUUGAUUACAAAUGUAGGUUCUUUUUCCUUAUUCAAAUCAAUAACAAAAUGAAAAGCCCUGGGGAAGAACGAUCUAAGUCACUUUUUCAACGGACUCCAGUUAAUGCCGCCAUCCGGAAGCUUAUUGUAUAAGCUUUCUGUGGAACAAUCAAUUUCUGUUAAGAACAAUUGAAGUCACAUCAAACCAAGGCCCUUCUGAAAUGGCCUCCCGGACAAAUACAAGUCCAUCGUACCCUUUAUUUAACCUUAAUUUGUCUGAAAAGUUGAAGUCAGUUGUCCUGGUAAUUAUGGUUCGUAUUAAACAUCAUUUUGAAGUUGUAAUUAAAUGCACUCGUUGUUCUGUUCGCGUGAAGCAUUCUCGUCCAAAAGUCUGUUUUGGCUUUUAUGCGAAAAGACAAAAAUGUGACUUCGAUCAUUCUUUCCCUGGACUCUUCAAAUAGAUUCUGGAUCUGGAAAUAGUUGAGAUUAGCCAUUGUAACCCACAGAACUUAAACCGGCUGCUUCAAUUGUAGAGGUAAAAUGAAGGAUAAACCAAUUGAUCUCUUAGAUGUAUAUAUUAUGGUCAAUAUAUUAGUGCUAAAAACAACAUUUUCUUUGUUUUAAAAAGAAUUUAUAUUAAAUGAUUUUUUAAAAAAAAAUCAAAACUAUAUUUGUAUUCAGGAUAUCUGAAUGCGAUUGGGGAUCAGACUCAGUCUGUAUUAAACCCCUCUCCCGAAAAAUUGACUGAUGGUGGUAGGAUAAGCUUACGCUUGUAUAUAUUUGUUGUAAUAAAUUAAUAAGUCUGUAAUUCCAAUCAAUCCAUAUAGUUAGAAUAAUUUAUUGAUUUAACCAUGUUGAACCUGAAUGUGACGGUUUUGUAAUCACCAAAUCUAAUUAAAAUGUUUGUAAUGUCAAUCCUUAUUGAUUCUACCACAAUCUGGUUAAAACACAGAUCCUAUUUCGUUUUGUUUCUUGUAGUUCAAAAUUUCGUUUUACUUGUCUUUACUGCACUAGAAUCUAGAAGAGUUGUACUUGUUUUUACCCGUGUUCUGGAUAAUGUGAGGGAUUAACCAAGGAAACGGUCUGUUACGGCGAAUUCUUGCGGUCAGAACUGUGGGUAAACCACUAGAACUGUCUGAUGUCAUAGGGUUAAAAGCCACUGAUAUGAUGUCUGAUGCAUCCUCCCACUACAACAGGUCAGAUCUUCAUGUUGUGUUGGCCAUCAAAAGUAUAAAGAAACGAAAGGAAAUAUAGAUCUGUAUUUUAAUCAGAUUGAUUCUACCACACAUAGGCGUACGAGCUGGGGGGGGGGGGGCACCAAAUGCUGGUAAAAUUUGGGCACACAAUUGUACUUUGUAAAAGUUGUAUAAAAAAAAUAUUGUAUUCUUGAAUGUGUCCAAUUUAACAGCAAAUUUAUUAUUAUUAUGUAACAUACUAAGAACCAAACUACAUUUUUUGGGCACCAACCACCACCGCCCCCCCCAGUCAAAAAUUUCCCUGUACGCCUAUGCUACCACAUACUGCGGUUUGUAAUCAAAUCAUAUAUUUACUUCACACUUUUGUAAUUUUUUAGUUAUUAAGUACCCUGUAUUAUUUUAGUCAAAAGACUUUUGUCAUUAAUAUGUCAUCGGCCUUCCACUUCUCUUUGCCAGGGUUAGAUUUUAAAAUAAUUGUGGUAUGAAUGCUUCUUCGACCUGGUGCAGGGAGAUAUUUAGACAUUUAGUUUUUCCACACUGCUUGGUGGCUUUCAACCAAAUUAGUAGAUAUAUUGACUGGGAGGUGCUUAUUUAGACGAUUCCAUAGAGUUGGGUUAGGGCCAGGACAAAAUUUAAACAAUUUUUGAUUGUCAACCUGUUAAUGGAUUCCAACUAAAUUUUGUGGUUAUGUUGCUUGAUUGGUAUUUAUUUGGAUAUGUUCAAAUCAAGUUACUUGAAGCGGCAUCAUUUAAGUUCGAGAUAAAGAGCUGACUGUUCUCGCUUUAAAGAUAAUGAAAAAAGAAUAUGCUAAAAUUUCAGUCAAAUUACUUCACUCUGAGCUCAGGUAUCAGCAAUCUGAUUUAGCCUCGAUUGUCACUACUACCGUUGUUAUGAUAGUAAACAAACGCUUGAUUAUCCAUUUUUAUAGUAGACCACAAAUCUACUUAUAUCAGAGCCAUGAUCUGGUGGCAUCAAGAGUUGAUUAUGGUCUUUGGUAAGUUAAUUAAUAGUUUAUAUAUAAUUUCAGGCCUAAAGAAAGACCUGCUAUAUAUGGAGAUUUAGGUCUUGCAUAAUGCCUGUUUAAUACUCAUGGCCAUAGUUUUAGGACAGAGUUACUCUACAAAGGGAAAUUUAGAUAUACUCAACUUGCUGCUUGAAAUAUUUCAAUGUUUGCCUCCAUUGCAGGUGAUAUCGCAGACAAGUUGUCUGAUUUUAGCAUAUCCAUUGCAAGUGCAGGGUGGAAAUCCGGAGUAAACUCGUGUGGUUGAGAAGGCGCCUUGAUUUCCAAGCCGGGGAGCCACGGUGGCUAGGUGGUUAAGAUGCUGGCUCGCUAGCCUCGAGGUUGGGUGUUUGAUCCCUGCAUUGGCCAAGAGGUGCAGAACGGAGGGUCUGACAAGGAUACCUGUCUAGUCCUUCGGAUGAGACAAAAAACCGAGGUCCUGUGUAUACAUUGGAAUACACGUAAAAGAUCCCUAGGCAGUUGGAAUUCGAUAUAAGAGUAGACGAUAGUGCCGCUGCCCGGGUAAAAUUUCCCUCACAGCACACUGUAUGGUGUAUGCCCGUCUUCAUUAGCCCAGUAUAGGAGCAGAACAGUAGGACGUUAAACCCCAUUUCAUUUAUCUCCAAGCCACAUGAAUUCACACCAAGGAUUGAAACCAUGACUGAAAGCCAGAUCGGCCAGCUUGAGCACAAGGCGCGACGUUCUUGACCACUAAAACCCCCGUUUACAUUACAAAUUUUAAGUCUACCAGACUCGAUAUCAGGUAUGGCAUGUUUCGCUUUAUUGUAGUGUAAACGGGUCAAAUGUAAGCGUGCCGUGCCUGGUAAUCUGGCCCACUGAAGUGAGGUGGUCUCAGAACGGUACCAGGACCGGCUCGCUUUAAAUUUUCGUAGUGUAAACGCUAAACGGUCUGAGCACGGAUUACUGCGCAUGCGCCAAAUGAACCUUGACCUUUUUCCCGCAAACUUUGACAGCUGUCAUCAAUUCUGUCAAAUUGGCUGCUCAAACUAAAUAAACCAUCAUAAUUGUUUUCAUCUGGGUAAUUUGUAUAGGGACUGAAAUUAACUUUUCUGUGAAGAGUUCCACAUAUAUCGUGCUUGGCACGGUUCUGAGACCUGUUAUUUUAGAGUAAUCUAAACGGGUCAAUUUCUUGAAAUUUAUCGCGUCCUGGUACCGUGCCCAGAACGGCACGCUUAUCGCGGCCAUGUGUAAACGGGGCUUAAGCCAUCCCUCUCCUCCUCUAGCACAUUGAAUGUUUCCUUUUAUUGAGAACCCCAUUUGCAUAUUGUCUCAUGAAGCUACUUGUUAAACAGGUAAUCAUGUGCCGUUUUCACAAAUUCAUAAGGCAGCGCAAACAUCGGAACUGAUAGUUCACAAACAAUAUAAAUGAAGGCCCACUAUUUAGUUAAUCCAAAGAAUAGAGCCAUCUGAUGAGAUCAAAUUUAUAUGUAUAUAUAUUUCUAUAACUUGUUUGUUGUUACCCAAUAUGUAAUUAAAAUUGUUUAAAUAAAAUUGAUGUUAAAUUUU